AUGUCUACAAGCGAACAACCAACAUCAACAGCCAAUUCACAAGAUAUGUCUACAAGCGAACAACAAACAUCAACAGCCAAUUCACCAGAUAUGUCUACAAGCGAACAACCAACAUCAACAGCCAAUUCACAAGAUAUUUCUACAGGCGAACAAGAAACAUCAACAGCCAAUUCACAAAAUAUUUCUAAAAACGAACAACCAACAUCAACAGCCAAUUCACAAGAUAUUUCUACAGGCGAACAAGACACAUCAACAGCCAAUUCACAAAAUAUUUCCAAAAGCGAACAACAAACAUCAACAGCCAAUUCACCAAAUAUCUCUAAAAGCGAACAACCAACAUCAACAGCCAAUUCACAAGAUAUGUCUGAAAGCGAACAAACAACAUCAACAGCCAAUUCACCAGAUAUGUCUACAAGCGAACAACCAACAUCAACAGCCAAUUCACAAGAUAUGUCUACGGGCGAACAACCAACAUCAACAGCCAAUUUACCAAAUAUGUCUACAAGCGAACAACCAACACCAACAGCCAAUUCACCAGAUAAGUCUACAGGCAAACAACCAACAUCAACAGCCAAUUCACCAGAUAAUUCUUCGGGCGAAAAACCAACAUCAACAGCCAAUUCACCAAAUAUCUCUAAAAGCGAACAACCAACAUCAACAGCCAAUUCACCAGAUAUGUCUACAAGCGAACAACUAACAUCAACAGCCAAUUUACCAGAUAUUUCUAAGGGCGUACAACCAACAUCAACAGCCAAUUCACCAGAUAUGUCUACAAGCGAACAACCAACAUCAACAGCCAAUUCACCAGAUAAUUCUACAGGCGAACAACAAACAUCAACAGCCAAUUUACCAGAUAUUUCUACAGGCAAACCACCAACAUCAACAGAAAGUCCACCAGACAUGUCGACAAGCGAACAACCAACAUUAACAGCCAAUUCACCAGAUAUGUCUACAAGCGAACAACAAACAUCAACAGCCAAUUCAUCAGAUAUUUCUACUGGUGAACAACAAACAUCAACAGCCAAUUCACCAGAUAAUUCUACAGGCGAACAACCAACAUCAACAUCCAAUUCACCAGAUAUUUCUACAGGCGAACAACAAACAUCAACAGCCAAUUCACCAGAUAAUUCUACAGGCGAACAACCAACAUCAACAUCCAAUUCACCAGAUAUGUCUACAGGCGAACAAGAAACAUCAACAGCCAAUUCACCAGAUAAUUCUAGAGGCGAACAAUCAACAUCAACAACCAAUUCACCAGAUACUUCUACAGGCGAACAACCAAAAUCAACAGCCAAUUCACCAGAUAUAUCUAAAAGAGAAAAACCAACAACAGUAGCCAAUCCACCAGAUAUUUCUACAAGCGAACAACCAACAUCAACAUCCAAUUCACCAUAUAUGUCUACAAGCGAACAACCAACAUAA